GAGGCAUGUCCCGCUGGCUGUCGCUUGAUGUUUUCAAGAUUGUCGUAUUUAACAGUGCCGACAGCUUCAUCCCUUCUAAAACUACCCCUCAUCAUACGGAGUGGUUUGGAGGCUUCAUUUUGCUAUCAAAAUGCAAAUCAAGGAAUGUAUAGUGUCUGCACCAGGGAAAGCUAUCCUCCACGGAGAACACGCUGUCGUGCAUGGCAAGGUGGCUCUGGCUGUAAGUUUGAACCUGCGCACAUACCUACGGUUGCAGGCCACAUCCACCAGUAAAGUCUGCAUCAAUCUCCCCAACAUCAACACUUUCCUCAGCUGGGAUGUGGCCGUGUUGAAGCAGCUCCUCCCUGACUCUGGAGCUGAGCUGGGGAAUGUGAAUGAGCUUGAUGCAGAGCUUGUCAGGAUGCUGCGAAACUUUGUUGGUGUAUCAAACGGAACCUUGGAUACUCGCAGCAUGGCCAUCCUAGCCUUCCUCUACAUCUACCUCUGUGUCUUUGCCAAGUCAAGGGAGUUGCCCAGUCUGACGGUGUCUGUGUGGUCAGAGUUGCCAACGGGAGCGGGUCUGGGGUCCAGCGCUGCCUACUCUGUGUGCCUUGCUGCAGCCAUGCUUUCUGCCAGUGGGGCCAUCCCUUCUCCACUGAGUGACCAGGAAAACACAGCCAGGUGGGGUGAGGUGGAGAUGGAGCUAAUUAACAGGUGGGCGUUUCAGGGAGAGAGGAUCAUCCAUGGGAACCCCUCAGGGGUAGACAAUGCUGUGGGGACAUGGGGUGGCAUAUUGAGAUACCGUUCUGGGAAGAUAACAGCCUUAAGCAGGGUCCCAAUGUUAAGGAUCCUACUCACGAACACCAAGGUCCCUCGCAGCACCAAGGUACUUGUUGCUGGAGUGAAGGACAAAAUGAACAAGUUUCCCUCUAUUAUAAACCCUGUACUGGAGUCUGUGGAUGCAGUCUCCUGCACCUGUGAGCAGACCUUAACAGAGAUGGCCAGCGACACCCCCACACCAGAGCACUACAAUGUCCUGGAGGAGCUUAUUGACAUCAACCAGCACCACCUGAAUGUGAUUGGUGUCGGACACACGACCCUGGACACCCUGUGCCAGGUCACCCUGGCCAGAGGUCUACACAGCAAGCUGACUGGUGCCGGAGGAGGGGGCUGUGGCAUUACCUUGCUUAGACCAGAAACGGAGUGCUCGGUGAUCCAGAACACGAUCCAGGACUUGAGAGACUGUGGCUAUGACUGCUGGGAGACCCGUAUCGGGGCAGCAGGUGUGCAACAGCACUCUCCCCUCGCUGUGAAAGAGCAGGUCCUGGAGGUUUUGGCGCGCUACUGAGACUCACUGGCCAUGGGUGUGCCCAAUGCCCUCCCUACAGGGUAGUGGGGAGCUUAGCUCCAUGACUCUGGCCUACCAAGUCUUCUAUUGUAAACCUUUCUGGGAUAUGUGGGACGGUAGCCUCCCACCUCGCCAACAUCCAGUGAAAGUGCAGGGCGCCAAAUUCAAGCCAACAAAAAUCUCAUAAUUAAAAUUCCUCAAGCAUACAAGUAUUUUACACCAUUUUAAAGAUAAAAUUGUUAAUCCAGCCACAGUGUCCGAUUUCAAAAAGGCUUUACAGCGAAAGCACCACAAACGAUUAUGUUAGGUCAUCACCAAGUCACAGAAAAACAGCAAUUUUUCCAGCCAAAGAGAGGGAGUCACAAAAAGCACAAAUAGAGAUAAAAUGAAUCACUAACCUUUGAUCUUCAUAAGAUGACACUCAUAGGACUUCAUGUUACACAAUACAUGCAUGUUUUGUUCGCUGAAGUGCAUAUUUGUAUUUUAAAAAAUCUCAUUUUACAUUGGCGCGUUACGUUCAGUAGUUCUAAAACAUGCAGUGAUUGUGCAGAGCCACAUCAAUUUACAGAAAUGCUCAACAUAAAUGUUGAUUAAAAAUACAAGUGUUAUACAUGGAAUUAGAGAUAUACUUCUCCUUAAUGCAACCGCUGUGUCAGAUUUUUUUAAAAUGUUACGGAAAAAGCUAACCAUGCAAUAAUCUGAGUACAGCGUUCGCACGACAAAGCAGCCAAAAAGAUAUCCGCCAUAUUGUGUAGUCAUCAUUAGUCAGAAAUAGAAUCAGAAUGCACUCCCAGGAAUCCCAGUUCCAUAAUAAAUGUUUGCUUUGUUCGAUAAAUUAUGAACUUUAUGUCUAAAUAGCUUCUUUUUUAGGGCGUUUGGUAAACAAAUCCAAAUGCUCGUUCAGGUCCAGCCGAACAUCGGUACAAAAAGUUAAAGAAGUUAUAUUACAGGUAGUUUAAAAAAUUUCUACGAAGUAUAGAUUCAGACUUUAGGAUGUUUUUAACAUAUAUCUUCAAUAAUGUUCCAACUGUAGAAUUCCAUUGUCUGUAGAAAAGCAAUGGAACGAGAGCAGUCUCUCGUGGCCGCACGAUACGAGCCUGUGGCACUCUGCCAGACACCUGGCUCAAUCCCCUCUCAUUCACCCCCACUUCACAGUAGAAGCUUCAAAAAAAGUUCUGAAGACUGUUGACAUCUAGUGGAAGCCUUAGGAAGUGCAAUAUGACCCCAUUUACACUGUAUAUUGGAAUGGCAAAGAGUUGAAAAACUAUAGAACUACUUUCCCACUUCCUGGUUGGCUUUUUCUCAGGUUUUCGCCUGACAUAUGAGUUUUGUUAUACUCACAGACAUCAUACAAACAGUUUUAGAAACUUCUGUGUUUUCUAUCCAAUACUACUAAUAAUAUGCAUAUAUUAGCAUCUGGGACAGAGUAGCAGGCAGUUUACUCUGGGCACCUUAUUCAUCCAAGCUACUCAAUACUGCCCCCUGUCACCAAGAAGUUAAGGAAUAACAGCGGACAAUAGAGUUGGCUACAGUAUGGGUUGACACGUAAAUGUUAAUAGCACUUGUCUAUUAGACUACCAACAGUCAAGACGCUUUGUGUCAGGGGAGGACAAUGGCUCAUCACACACACAUCACUUAUUUUUCUAACUCUGAAAUCAUGCCAUUUCAUGAGGUCAUGAAACUAAUAUUGUAGGUGAUCACACGUCACUUUGAAAUGUGGUUUUCUAGUUUUCACUAUUGGAGUAUGAGCCUCCCCUGAAUAUUAACAGAAUAUUAUGAAUAAUAUUAACAGAUGUGGGUUUGAACCGUUUUUCAUGAGCUUUUCAUUAGAUGUCUAAAGCGGAUGCUGCAGAAGAGCAAGAAACACUGUGCUCAGCAGUGUGUCUAGCUGCUGGUUUUGGCAGAGAGAACUAGUAUUCAAAAACGAGUCAAAACGAACCCACUGGGAUUUUUAAUUUUUUAAAAUUUAUUUUAAGACCGAUGACCAACCUUGACUUUGGUGCUUAUUUGUUUUCAACUCAAGAUUGGUCCAUCUGUUCUUUUUCAGUGUGCGGUUUUUAGUCUUGUUUUUGAAUAUCAGUACCUUCGUUGACGUCUUGUUAAUUUCAAAAGAGGGUGCCGUGAUCUGUUUGUCCAAUAGAUGGCAGCAAAAUGUAAGAAUUCACUAACCUCAACAGGGAUUGAGUGAGUCAGAGCAACAGGGACUGAGUGAGUCAGAGCGAUAGAUUGUCAUUCAGUGUUUGCUUCAGGUGUCAAUACAAUGCCAUGGCUGAUGCACUAUUUGUUAAACUAACCUUUUAAAACUGAA